ACUGUUUCUAGUAGAAAAUGGCUAGGAGCGUCGGAACCUUAAAACCAGCCAAAUAUUUGUUGCUGUAUAGGAUCGUGACUUUUUUGCUUCAUGGAGCAAGCAGAGUGGUGAUGGAUGUUUGUUGCUGUGCUAGUCAACUGCAAGUUGAGCACAGUGCCUGUGAAGGUGCUGGAAAAAGGCAUGUGGUUUUAAGGAUAUGGGUGGGGAAAGUAGGAGAUCGGCCCAACUUGCUCAUGUCUCCUUGAAUCGCCUGCAGUGUUGCCCUUAACCCCCAAUUGCUGUAUCUAGUUGUGUUUGCCAGCUUUUGUUUUUCCUGCUUGUGCCUCGUAAAUCCAUGAUCUAUUGAGAUUCUCCAGUGUCAGGAAAGUUGCAUAUAUUGGUGAUGGUGCCUCCUGCAUUGAGCUACUCUGUGCGUAGCAUUGAGAGAUCGUGUGUGCUUGCCAGCUUGUUUUUUGAUAAACGCGUUUUUCAGAUGCCUCUAGUGUACUGCCCACAUUUGAUUCUGCAGUGCAUGCUCCAGGAAAGAUGGAACUAUGAAUGUGUAUAUCCUCGCUGGAAUUAGAUUUGGUUGUACGAAUGCAGAAAUUGUGCCAUCGCACAAGUAGUAGUAGUAGGUCAUUUCAAAUCAGAGUUGACUUGCGACCUAAGUCGUUGAGGAGGCCAGACGUGCAGAGCAACCAAUAUAUAUGGUCGAUCUCCAGGCCGGUUUCACAACACACAUACACGCAACGCAGGCAGCACAGUGAUCUCUCCACAGAGAACAAGUUGACAAUGUAUCACUGGAGCACAUCAUCUUCUUCCUCCAGUACUCCUUGCUAUAGCAACGGCAGCGGUAGCAGCAAUGGUCCCUUGCUCCCCUCCAUGGCGUCCAACAGCUACGGCGAUCUGUUGUUACAAGAGCAGCUGCAGCACUACUACCCCUCCCCGCCCAUGGUGCAGCGCGUGAUGAGUGCGGGAGACCUCCAACAAGCUCCUGCGCAUGCGCCGGCGCCGGCGGCGAGGUACAGCGCGGAGGAGCGGCGGGAGCGCAUCGAGAAGUACCGCACCAAGCGCAACCAGCGCAACUUCCAGAAGAAGAUCACAUACGCUUGCCGGAAGACGCUGGCGGACAGCCGGCCGCGCGUGAAGGGCCGCUUCGCGCGCAACGUCGACGACGACGCGGCGGCGGAUCAGCCGGAGGACGCGAUGACGGCGUCCAUGGCAGAGGUGUCUAAUUUCGUGAACGACGGAAGCAGCAGCAGCGGCGGCAUGCCGCCGGAGUGGUGGCCGGCAAUGCAGGGCGAGCUGGCCAUUGAGGACGAGGAGCUCAUCGCCUCCUACCUCGCCGUCUCCUCCAUCAACCUCUACUAGCUAGCUACCGACCUAGCUCCUUGAUACUAUAUCCUCGCAUGCAUCGAUCUAGACCUAUUUGGAAUUGAUUCUCGAUUGACUAAUUACUUGUUUUAUCUUUUUCUCUCUCUCUGU